AUGUUAGUCAGUGUCGCAGAUAUUCUUGCUUUUUACUUGGUAACGCUUGCCUGUUCAACCGGUGGUGCAUUGACAACAGAAGCAUCUCGGGAUAUCCAACCAGUAACAAAUUUACAGCCACCAGCCUCUAGUUAUCUUCCAAGUACAAACGUUGUGUUUCCAAAACUUUCUCAACAUGUUGUUUUCGCUAAACAAGCUUUGGACAAUGGAUUAGAAGAUGUCGGGGCUCCGGGUAGAGGUUUUACCGAAAGGCAAAUACAGGCUGGGUAUUCAUACCUGAAACCUCUAUUGAUCGAUCUCAAGUUACCAUUCAAAGAUCAGACGAUGAAAUCAAUCAAUGAUAAGCAAAGAUCAACGAACGAAGAGGGAAGUUGUGGAACAAAAGCAAUAACGAGGGCAGGUAAAUCAUCGAGAUCAAGCAACAGAACAAGACUGCUGGCCGAGGUCGAAUAUCAUCCGCACGUUCCACGGCGAUCGUCGUAUCAAGUUGUAGAAAAACUCGAUGAGUACUUAACGGACGAUUCGGAUCAUGCAGGAUUGCCCUAUCGUGGGAAGGCUCAGACAACGAAUCCCCAUCGUAAUUCGCAAGACAUAACGACGGCCAUCAAAACCCUCGAUCACUUCCUGAGCGGGGUUCUGAACGAUGAUAGUUACAACAGCGAGCUACAUCCACCGCCCAAUCCUGUUUUAGCCCUUGUCCUGUCUCGAUACGGGCGAUACGUGUCCGGAGCACGAAACCCUCGCGUGUACGCGCACAUGGCCGUAAACAAUAUACAUAACAACAAACCUUUUGGUAGUUAUAAGUUGGAACGCGAAGAGCUGCCCACCUACGCUCGAAGAUAAUGCAGAUAAACGUUUUUCUCUCGCUUAGGAAAAGUUCUUACCUGUUGGACCCUUAGAUUGUCUCGUAGACGUCUCAUUGUUAGUACUUGUGUGACAAAGGAACGCGCGAGAAUUGUUCGAAAUCGGAAAAGAAAUACGAAGAAGAGAUAGUGGAAUAUGAAGAAUUAAUGCGGAAGAGACGAAAAAUGUUGACAAGCAUCGAAAUAUUAUCUUUUAUCUGAAAAUCUGAAUAGGAACUAUCCGAUAAAUAAUUUUGAUUUAUUCGUUGCCUUCAUAUUCGGCAUUGGAAAUAACUUUCGCUCAGCAACGGAGUCCGCUAAUGUACAUAUAAACGGCA